AUGAUGAACUCUACCUUGCUUUCAGCCUUACUUCUCUGCAGCCUCAGCUGGAUCUCUGUCUCAGUUUCUGAGUCUCAGACUGUGGAGGUCCAGUCUGGCGAAGAGGUCACACUGCUGUGCUCCAACAUUUCCAGAAGUUCAACUCACACAUUCUGGUCCAGACUCGUUAACAGAGCCAAGAUCAGCUGUAUCGCUUCUGCAUACGGGUCUAACAUGAAUGCUUCAUUCUGUGAUGGCUUUCAAAAUGGAAACUUUGAAAUGAGAUCCAACAUCUCCACAGUUUUUCUUAAAAUCAAACAAGUGGAUUUAUCUGACUCUGGGAUGUAUUUCUGUGGAUUUUACAUUGAUGGACACACAGUGAUUAAUGUAAUACAUUUAAAUGUUCACGGCAAUGACGAAUCUCACGAUGUCGUCACUGUUGAGUGUGAAGAAGAGUUUGACGGAAUAGCAAAGCUGAUGAGUGUGAUCCUGGGCGGUCUGACUGUUUUCCUCAUAAUGCUCAUCAUUUGUCUGAUUGUUAAAAGCAGGAAGCUUCAGACAGCUCAUAAUGAAGAGCACAAUCCACAAAACCAGAAUCUGGGCUCAGAUGACCUGAACUAUGCUGCGCCCAGUUUCCAUCCGAAAACAAAAAGAAACCGCAGGCCUGCAUCAGAGAGAGAAGUGGAAACUCAUGUUAUUUACGCUGCCAGCAGGAAGACUUAGGAAGCAACUGUAACUGCAGAUCAGAGUAAAACUGAUGCCUUAUUAUAUUAAUGUGUUGAAGGGAUUUUGUGUGGCUCAAGUUACCAUACCUUUGUAAAAAUACAUACUGAAA